AUUUAAAUCUAUUUUGUAUUUAUCGUCUUUAUUAUUUGUUUGUUUUUUUUACAGAAAGCUGUACUAUAAAUCAAUUAACGUAUACAUUUUUUUUAAACAAAACAAAAUUUCAACUGAAGGUACAACUGAUAUUGAUUCAGUUUAAUAUUAUCGUUAAUUAUUUUGAUAUAUUAAGGUAUAACGUUGCUAUAAAAUGCCAAGUUGGAACCAAAUUCAAAGUCAAUUAAGGAGCCCGCAAAAUCCAGUCGUAUUUUUUGAUAUAACUGUUGGAAGAACGAUUAAUUAUGGAGUUGUAUGCUGACAUAGUUCCUAAAACCAGUGAGAAUUUCCGUCAAUUUUGUACAGGGGAACAUAAAAGAGAUGGAAUUCCAUUUGGAUACAAAGGAUGUUGUUUCCAUAGGAUAAUUAAAGAUUUUAUGAUCCAAGGUGGUGAUUUUGUCAAUGGUGAUGGCACAGGAGUAAUGAGUAUAUAUGGAGCAGAUACAUUUUCUGAUGAAAACUUUAAACUCAAUCAUGAUGCUCCUGGACUUUUGUCAAUGGCAAAUAGUGGUAAAGACACCAAUGGAUGUCAAUUCUUUAUCACUUGUGCAAAUUGUAACUUUUUAGAUGGAAAACAUGUUGUAUUUGGACGUGUUAUUGAUGGAUUAUUGGUAAUGAGGAAAAUUGAAAAUGUUCCUACAGGGCCUAAUAAUAAACCAAAAAUACCAAUAGUUAUUUCACAAUGUGGGCAACUAUGAAUAAUGAAUAUGUACUAAUGAAUUUAUAUUCAAUCCUGUCUUAAUUUAGUUACAUAAUUUUAUACUAGAACUUAAAAAAAUACAAAUAAAAUAUAAUUUUAAAAUUA